UUUGACUUCCUUUUUAAGUAAAGGGCAAAAAUUUCCUGAAUUCUGCAGCUUUAGUGAUCUGAUAUUCCUCUCUAACAACGAAGAUUCGACCCAGCGAGCCGGCGUUUUUAGGAUCAAGCUGCAGUGGCAAAUUGGCCUCGUCACGAGUGAUGCUUGUGCAGCGGCGGCAGCAGCAGCCACCAGACACCGAAUUUGAAAUUCAAAUCGGUGAAAGUGAGACGCAACAGCGCGUCGUAUCGCGGGUUGCGGCGUUGGGGCGCAGGAAGUUCGCGGUGGCGACGCGUGGCGGCGCCCAGGCAGCGGGAAAGCGGUCGGAAAAGGCAGCACUUGGUGCAGGCUGCGAGGGAGCGGAGAGGGUAAACAGCAGCAGCGUUUCUAUAGCUACUGGCACAGAUCUGCUGAGACAAUUGCAAUCUGUGCGGCACCGCAUUGAUCGAAGCUGCGAGCCGAGCAGCCCUCCGACCCACCGACCGACUGACAACAACCAAGCAACAGAUAUGCCCCGCCGAGAUGGGACCCCGCGGGCCUGACCGGGCCCGCGAACCGGCCGUCCCACGGAGAAUUCACCGCCGAGAGAUGCGACGGCCCGUCCGCUGGCAAGUUCAUCUUGGCUGUCGCAAGGGGUAGCGGCAUGUGCGCUUCCCAGAGGUGAGGGGGAAGCAGCGGAAGGAUGCCCCUCAGCAGCACUUGCUGUUUGUGAAGGGUAUGAGAUGACUCUGCAGGCUGCGUCUACUUCGCAAGAGACCUGCAGGUCGCUCGGCGCCAAGAGUUUCGCUGACAAGGCUGUUUCGACAGAGGACCUAAGGAUGGUUUCGCCACCGUCACCCCCGCUCCCACCGCCCCCGCAGCCUCCGCUGGUCACCUCCGUGGUAGCCAACGAGCUGCUCCGCCUCGAGACGGCCAUUAACGCCAUGAUGGCCGCCACCGAAGGUGACUUAGAGGACUUCCAGCCCCGCAGGGCACGCAGCCAUUCGCAUCACUGCUUCUUUCGUGAAGCCGCCGCCGUCCACCCGAGAAGGUGUCGGCGGUCGGCGAGCGCGAUGAUCAUCCUGCAGCCCAAGUACGGGGCCCACGCGCCGCACCCCGGCUGCUGCCUGAGCCCGUGCUCGGUGGAGGUGGCCGAGAUGGGCACCGCCGGGCCGUCGAGUUCACGCGGCAGCAGCCGCAAGACGCGCAAAAAGCGGCGGAAAGUGCUGGUCGAGCAGGUGGAGCUCGAGCGGCCCCGCAAGCGCGCCCCCGUCGACCCGGACGAGCUGUCCAAACGGGCGCGCUGGACAAUCGUGGCCACCGCCUGCAUGUUGUUUUUCAUGUGUUUUUUGCUUGUUGGCAUUACCCUGCGAAUGACUCCAAUCAUUGACGAGAUGGUUCGCAAAGAGAACGAGCAGCUGAUGAACUCGCUGAAUCGGGACGUGAUUGCCCCCGACGAGGUGCCGGCGGCGGCGGUGGCCAACGACGUUGGGAACACGACGCUCACCGCUGGCCCCGAGUCGUCGUCGAGCCCGGCCCCGCUGGACCAACGAGACUCGAUGAACAUCUCGCACCCCUCCAGAGGUGACUGACGAGAUUUGCGCAGCCCUUUUUUAAGAAGUGAUGAUAAUAAGUGCGUUUUCAAACGAAUUGCGCUGCAAUUGUGUCUCAAAGGUUGUCGCCAUGCCUCUGUAUUCGCCCUUGUCCAUUACUAGCAUUUUAAAAUUUUUUACAAUUGAACUCGCGGUUGGGCCGUCGUUGCGUAAAAGGCAUCACUUUAGCAGAAAUUCCACUCGCGCAAAAAACUUUGCUUCCGCGGCACGGCGGAAAUUUGUUGUGAGAAAAAGUGUAAAUCAAAAGAAAAUUGUUGAAAGAGUAGAAGCUCUGAUUCACUGACUAAACAGCGUUUAAGAGAGGAUUGGGUAGCUUUUAAUUUUUUUGGGACUAGCUAUAUAGCACGCGCUUUUCGGAAUAAUGUUUAAUGUGUCAUGUAUAAGUGUGUCAAUUCCUGUCACAAGUUGUGCUGUUAAUAAUACAUAAAACUAGUGUCGUGUAUAACAAUCUACAUGAAUUUGAUCAUAAAAACGCUGUAGAUUCCGCUUUUCACUUUUUGCGAUUAAAGACUGAUGUAUAACCAAGAAACAUUAAUUGUGCAUUUAUCACUUAAAAACGAGACGUUGUUGCAACAAAAGCACAGCAGUUGAGCGUGUAAAAAAAAUCGAAUCGAAACUACUUGCGCAUAAUGUAGAACGAGUGUGAUUAAAAAUUUAAACGUACACGAGAAUCAAAACGCUAAAAAUGCUGGCCAUCGAACGGCCGAGCGACUUAAACUCUUCCACUGAAACUACUGUCGUUAAAUGUAUAAGAAAAGUCUCCACGCAGAGUUAAAACUGUUUGUUCUCGUUUGCCUCAUCGAGUCUUCAGCUUAUUUUGCAGCAGAUACAGACAUUAUACAUCAUUACAAGUAUAUUUUUGCAAUUUAUACAGCAGACAGCAUAGUUCGUAUUCGUAAACAGCUUAAUAGAAUUCUAUGUUCGUUUGAGAAUCCGCUGCUGAAACAAACAAAGAAAAAAGUGCUGCUGAGCACGGGGUUAAUAAUGCUAAAAUCGAAAGAGCCUUUUUACUAAUUGUAAGAGGAUUUAAACGAAAGUGGUGCCGUUUACGCCAUCGACGUUGUUCUGACGCCCCCGAACAGAGAAAUUCACUUGUACACAUACUCGAUAAUAAGGAGUUUUAAAGGAAAAAGUUUACACACGUAUAUAUUGUGCUGAAGAAUCAGAUUUUGGCAGAUUUAGCUGCGCCUACACGACAGAGCGAUAAGUGCUGUGCUAUCAUCUAAUUGAUUAAUUUGCCUCAAAGUUUCGCUGCUCUGUCGGACCACACGAACCUGCAAAAAACCGGCGCAGAGAGCAAACUUUACAACUAUAAGUACAAUUUUUCGCAUGCGUAUCUCUUACUUAUUGUUCUAAAACUUCUAAUCAAGAGGGUCCGCAUCCUUCAUUGGUUCUCCCUCGAUUAUAAAGGCCUAUAGAAUGAGAGAGUUGGUUAACGACGACACACACACAAGUUAUUAUCGAUCGCAUCUUCUGAUGAUGCGUUUCUUUUUUAAACAAACGUACCGUAGCCUUUUCUCCUAAUAAUGUAAUUAAUUACAUAAAUUAAAAAGUAUGUUUCUCAUUGUCAGUCAGUGCAGCUCAAAGUUAUAUGAAUUGUAUAAACAAUCGAGUUAUAAAUUUGAAUUGUCUCUGUAGCCUUUGUCUACUUUUAAGAGAGCAAGAGAACACACGUAACACACUCUGUCGGAUUAUGCAUUACGAAAAUAUGCAAGCAAUAAUUUUGGAAUCGGGCAGGGCAAAAUGCUUUUAAUCGUUCGCGAGAAAGGAAAAACAACUGAAAUGCAUUUCUCUAGGAGAUAUUAAUACAAAAUUGUUUGGUUAUCGACGAAUAAAUUGAGUUUAUAUAAAAGCUA